AUCUGUUUGUCUGUCUCCAUUCGUAGAUUACAAAUUGAUAAUUGUUUUCUUCUGAGUAAAAUUUUUCUUUGUACAUGGCUACCAACAAGUUUGCAACCAUGUUGCAUAGAAAUACCAACAAAAUCACAGUGGUUCUUGUCUAUGCCAUCCUUGAAUGGAUUCUCAUCAUCCUCCUUCUUCUAAAUUCCCUCUUUUCUUAUCUGAUAAUGAAGUUUGUGGAUUACUUUGGUCUUAAAAGGCCCUGCAUAUGGUGCACAAGGAUUGAUCACAUCAUAGAGCCUGAAAAUAACCAGUGUUCUUGCUGGGAUCUUGUGUGUGAAGCUCAUGCUUUUGAGAUUUCCAAGCUGGGUUUCUGCUUGAACCACAGAAAACUAGCUGAAGCACAAAAUAUGUGUGAGAAUUGUUCAUCUUCGUGUCAGCCAGAGUUUGUGAACUUGCCUCAGAGUUUUGGCCACUUUCCAUGGAUGCAGCAAAAGGGUAUGACUCAUGGUGCUGAUGGUAAUAACAAGGUACUUGAAAAUGGGAUGGAGCCUUUGAGGUGUUCUUGUUGUGGUGACAACUUUGUUAGCAAGUUUUACCUGAUCAGAGAUAAGCCCUCUUCGAGGGUUUUGGAUUCUACCCAGAAAGAGAAUUUGAUUACUGAAAGUGAGGUUGAGGCAGAGGUUGAUGAGGGCCAUCAUAACUCAGAUUAUGGCAUAGAUGAUUUUGUGGUGCUUGAACCACUUGAAGAGGAACAGAACACUGUAGAGAAAAGGGGAAGCGACAUUGUUUUUUAUGCUGCGGAGGGCUCAGGUAGAGGAGGAAAGGAGGAAGAUGAUAUGAGUAUUUGUUUUGUGCAAGAAGAUGUUAUUUUGGAUUUUGAUUUAAAUUCUAGUGCAGAAUCUGAACCUGUUAUUGAGAAUUGUUACACUCCAUUGCAUACUGUGUCAGUGUCUUCAAGUCUAGAGUGCAGAAAGGCAUUCAAGACCAAUGGGAUUGAGUUAACCCCAAGGAGGAUUAGAGCUAAGAAAUUAGAAUCAAUAGUAGAAGAAGAAAAUUUGGAGCAAAACUGUCAAGAAGUGAAAUUAGCUCCAACGAUUGAAGACUCAAGAAUGAAUGGUAAUGUUGAUGCAAAUAUGAAAGGAAGAGAUGAGGAGUUAUCUUCAGUUGUACCAAAAGUGUUUGAAGAUGCAACACUAAUGCGCGAUGAUGAAUUAGGAGAAGAAGUCUCAACUCAAAAUCAAGAUUUUAUUCUGAAAUUCAAUGAAGAAGUGCAAGAAAUCUCAUCUUGUAGCACAACUACUUUUACUGUCCAAGAUGAUAGUGAGAAUCUACAUAAGCCACACAAGAUGCUAAUACUUCUUGAAAGAAAAGAAUCGGAAACAGAAGUAUCAUUGGAAGUAAGUUCCAUAUGUGAUACAGAAUGUGGUGAGUUGACAAUUGAGAAGUUGAAAUCUGCACUGAAAGCUGAAAGGAAGGCCUUAAAUAGUCUAUAUGAUGAACUAGAAGAAGAGAGAAGUGCAUCUGCUGUUGCGGCAAAUCAAACAAUGGCAAUGAUAAAUAGGCUUCAGGAAGAGAAAGCAGCAAUGCGGAUGGAAGCUUUGCAGUAUGAGAGAAUGAUGGAAGAACGAUGUGAGUAUGACCAGGAAGCUUUGCAGCUUUUGAAUGAACUUCUGAUAAAGAGGGAGAAAGAGAAAGUUGAGCUAGAAAAGGAGCUUGAAAUAUAUCGAAAAAAGGUUCAUGAAUAUGAGGUUAGAGAAACUAUGAUAGUACCAACAAGAGAAAGUAACAUAAGAAGCAUAACUUCUCCUCCUUGUAGCAAUGCUAGAGAUAGUGAUCAACAUGAACUACCUAUUGAUAAGAGUCGAUACACAAGCCAAGAAAAUGUUGUUUAUAGCCAUCAAGAAGAGUUCAGAAGCCAGAGCACUUACGAAGAUGGCGUUAUAUAUUUGGAGGAAUCAUUGGAAAACUUGGAGGAAGAGAGGUUAUUGAUUCUAGAACACCUGAAUAUGCUGCAAAAAAAGCUAGUUAUCUUGAAUUAUGAAGAAGAGUAUUUUGAUGGUAUUAAAUCAGAACAUAUUUGUGAAGAGAAUGCAAACGCAAAUGAAGGUGGAUCAUGUUCAGGAGAGAUUCCAAGCUUCCAAGCUCUGGAGGCAGAUAAAGGAUUUUUAAAGCACUGUAUCAUAUUCUUGAGGAAAGGGGAUAAGGAUUUAGAUCUUAUCCAAGAAAUUUUGCAGCAUCUUCGUGAUCAUAGGAAUGUGGAACUCAGAAUCAUGAACAUUGGAGAAACUCCUGUGUAAGAACUCAAUUAGUUAUUCCAAACAGAUAAUUGGUGAGACAAUACAUUAGAGUAUUAUAGAUUUAUAUUGUUUAUAAUUUAA